UGGCUCGUGAGAAGGAAGCCUUGGCGUUUCCCUCGCGCGCGCGCGCCUUUCCCCCGGCUUGGCGUCCCCUGCCGCCUAGCCCUCUUCUUCCUUUGCCUUUCUCUGCCGCCUUGCCCAACUAUGGAGACGUCCGGAGACGAACUGGGCGGCAGCAGCAACAGCCUCCCCGAGCCCACCAUCGUGCAGCCCCCCGGGACCACUCCCCCGCCAGCCUACCCUGCCCGGGACCCGCAGCCAGCGGAGACGCUGCGCGUCGGGGAGGACGUGCAGUUCAGUGAAGAGCUGGAGGAUAGAGGUUUACUAGAAAGCAGCACAAGACUAAAACCUCAUGAAGCUCAAAGCUACAGAAAGAAAGCACUGUGGGUUUCAUGGGUUUCCAUUAUUGUCACACUGGCUCUGGCAGUUGCUGCCUUCACUGUUUCCGUAAUGAGGUACAGUGCUUCAUCAUUUGGAUUUGCUUUUGAUGCCACUUUGGAUGUGUUGUCAUCGGUGAUAGUUCUGUGGCGCUACAGCAAUGCAGCUGCAGUACAUUCAGCGCACAGAGAAUACAUUGCCUGUGUCAUCUUGGGUGUGAUAUUUCUCCUGUCUUCGCUAUGUAUAGUGAUCAAAGCCAUCCACGACCUUGCAAUUAAAUUGCUUCCAGAAGUGGAUAACUUUCUAUAUAGUGUUUCUAUUUUAAGUGGAAUCCUUUGUACUACCUUGGCAGUGAUCAAAUUUAUGUUGGGGAAUGUGCUCACAAGCAGAGCAUUGUUAACUGAUGGUUUCAACUCUCUGGUAGGAGGAAUAAUGGGAUUCUCCAUACUUAUAAGUGCGGAGGUUUUUAAACACAAUGCUGCUGUUUGGUACCUGGAUGGAAGUAUAGGUGUUCUAAUUGGACUGACAAUAUUUGCUUAUGGAGCUAAACUACUUGUGGACAUGGUUCCUCGUGUACGGCAAACACGUCAUUAUGAAAUGUUUGAAUAAAGACGAGCUCCAUGGACUGAAUAAAAUUUUGCAAAAUGUGAUAACUUACUACAUCCUGGCAAACGGUGCCAAUUAUAUUUACAAGAUUGCACUUUGUUUCUCAUGGUAUAUUUUCUUUUUACAUUAUCUUUCCAAGAAAAGGUCAAUCUGUACAAUUAGGCAAAUAUGUACACCGCUUAGAUCUUGGCAAAAGUAGCAACAAGCAGCCGUUUUCUUUUGUGUGUGCUAUUUAAAAUCCUGCAAAUGGUAACUGAGAUGAGCAAAGUUCACAGUUCUAAUCAAGCCGCCAUGUUUUGUCUUCUGGAAUACUGAGUUCUUCAACACAACAGAUGCCUAUAUAAAGGAGCGAAACCCGAAAGGGCGCAACCACAGUAGUCUUUUACCAUGGCACCUUAAGGACUAAAAGGUUUAUUGUGGCAUGAGCUUCUAUAGACAAGAGACUACUACUGCAUCCAAUAUAGACAAGAGAUGGCCUUUAGUUACGUUGCCACCAACGUUCCAGAAUGUGCCAGCAAGUGAGAAUUUCCAGUGUCUUCUGCACAGAACUCAGUGGUAUUGUACUUAGCUUAUGGGGGCCAACAGACACUACUUGAUGCAUGAAAUUAAUUCCCCCACCCCACCAGCCUCAAAUCAACCCCCUUUCCCAAACUGCUACAUUUUUAAAUUCAAAGAAUCUAAUGUGAAUUUCAUACUAUUUUCUAAAAUUCUCUGCACUGCAUAAAUAUGAAGCAACACAUUAUGAAAUAUAUUAAGCUGCACAGAAAAAAUAAGCACAAAGUGUUAAUGUACAGGCAAAAGCCAAAAAAGCAAGAGGGGGUAGAGUUUGAUUAUAUGUCUAUGGCUGUAUUAUGCACUUAUGUAGCGGUAUAUAUGGGUAAAUACUUGGGUGUCCUGUUGUCUGGUAAAAGUGAUGGUUUCAAGGUGGUAGUAAGAUAGCCUUUCUGCUGUUAGUUAGGCUAUUCUGUAGGUGUUCCAUGUUCCCACCCACCAUCUUAUGUAAUUUAAUAUAUGGAUUACAAGUUAUGACUCCCAUUAUGUAAAUCAAUAAAGCUGUUACCUAUUUUA